AUGUUCUCGUCCGUGGCACAUCCGGCGCGGGCGAACCCCUUCAAUGCGCCCCACCUGCAGCUGGUACACGAUGGCCUCAUGGGCCCCCGCAGCAGCCCCUCGGGGCCCCCUGGGCAGCCCCGCCGUUCCCACAAUCUGGCACCAGCCGCUGUGGAGGAGGACAGCUGCGAAUGUGGCUCCAUGGAGUUUUAUGCGCUGUGUGGCUUUGGUGGGGUCUUAAGUUGUGGUCUGACACACACUGCUGUCGUUCCUCUGGAUUUAGUGAAAUGCCGUAUGCAGGUGGACCCCCAGAAGUACAAGGGCAAAUUUAAUGGAUUCUCAGUUACACUUAAAGAGGAUGGUGUUCGUGGUUUGGCUAAAGGAUGGGCUCUGACUUUCACUGGCUACUCUAUGCAAGGGCCCUGCAAGUUUGGCUUUUACAAAGUUUUCAAAGUCUUGUAUAGCAACAUGCUUGGGGAGGAGAAUGCCUGUCUCUGGCGCACAUCACUAUAUUUGGCUGCUUCUGCCAGUGCUGCGUUCUUUGCUGACAUUGCCCUGGCUCCUAUGGAAGCUGCUAAGGUUUGAAUUCAAACCCAACCAGGUUAUGCCAACACUUUGAGGGAUGCAGCUCCCAAAAUGUAUAAGGAAGAAGGCUUGAAAGCAUUCUACAAGGGAGUUGCCCCUCUCUGGAUGAGACAGAUACCAUACACCAUGAUGAAAUUUGCCUGCUUUGAGCGUACUGUGGAAGCAUUGUACAAGUUUGUGGUUCCUAAGCCCCAAAGUGAAUGUUCAAAGGCAGAGCAACUGGUAACAUUUGUGGCAGGUUACAUAGCUGGAGUCUUCUGUGCAAUUGUUUCUCACCCUGCUGAUUCCGUGGUAUCUGUGUUGAAUAAGGCGAAAGGUAGCAGUGCUUCUCAAGUUCUUCAGAGACUUGGAUUUAAAGGUGUAUGGAAGGGACUCUUUGCCCGUGUCAUCAUGAUUGGCACUCUGACUGCACUACAGUGGUUCAUCUACGACUCUGUGAAGGUCUACUUCAGGCUCCCUCGCCCUCCUCCACCUGAAAUGCCAGAGUCUCUGAAGAAGCAGCUUGGGUUAACUCAGUAG